UGAAUCGGGUGUUUAUCUCGUCCUGGCCCUCUGGAUGUUUCUGGGCUGCUCCGGUUAAUCCAUGGCCGGUGGAGAAGGAUGAUGGGCACUGCAGCCCAGCAAAAAUGGGGAUGGCCCAUAUUGGGGUCCGGAAGAGGGUUUAACAGCCCCCUGCAUGCUGAUGAGCGAAGGAAAGGGCAGCCCUUUUAGGAAACCAGUGAGCAUGAUUUGAAAAAAUAAAACCAUGGAAGCCCCUCCUGUCACUAUGAUGCCUGUCACUGGUGGAACAAUUAACAUGAUGGAAUAUUUACUUCAAGGGAGUGUUUUGGAUCAAAGCUUGGAGAGCCUUCUACAUCGGCUUCGUGGCCUUUGUGAUAACAUGGAACCUGAGACUUUUGUAGAUCAUGAGAUGGUGUUCCUGCUGAAGGGGCAGCAGGCCAGCCCGUUUGUCCUCCGCACACGGCGGUCAGUGGACAAACCCGGUGCACCUUGGCAUUUACGCUAUCUCGGGCAGCCGGAAAUGGGAGACAAAAACCGUCAUGCCUUGGUACGCAACUGCGUCGACAUUGCUACCUCUGAGAACCUGACAGACUUCUUAGUGGAAAUGGGCUUCCGCAUGGACCAUGAAUUUGUAGCCAAGGGGCAUGUGUUCCGUAAGGGCAUUAUGAAGAUUGUGGUAUACAAGAUCUUUCGCAUCUUGAUUCCAGGAAAUACUGAUAACAUUGAGCCUUUGUCUCUCUCCUACCUUGUUGAGCUCAGCAUUGUUGCGCCAGCCGGACAGGACAUGGUUUCUGAUGACAUGAGGAGUUUUGCCGAGCAGCUCAAGCCUUUAGUUCACUUAGAAAAAAUUGACCCUAAAAGACUGAUGUGAAUGAGAUCGCUGGAUGCGGAUGAGAUAAUUUGCAGCUAAACCGAGAGAUUCUUUCACAAAGACAGGAAUUUCAGAAAGUUUUGACCAAUAAAUCUGACUCUUAUUUCUUUAGAAAAAUCAAAAUCAUAAGAUAUUUUGCUUGGCUUCAUAUUAAUUCAGAGAUGGAUGUACUUCAAGUGAUUCCAAGCUGUUGAUAUUUGCAGUGUCCAUAUAAUUAGUUCAUGUAGUCCAAAUAAUUGCUGGUUUAGUUCCUAUUCCAAACCAGAUAAACCCUUCAAAUCAGUGGAAUUUAUUUAAGUGUUCAACAGUUGAGACAGGUCAUCCUCUAACUUGGACCAUCAGUUAUUAUUAUUAUUAUUAGUUUUAUUUGUAUUUCACAUUUCUCCCAAAAAUGGGACCCAAGGAAUUGGAAUUGGGCAUAUAAUUUGAGAACCAUAUUUGGAAAUUUUUUAUAGGCCUGGCUAACUAUACCCAUUUUUUGUCAUCUUUUGGGAUUACCAAAAGAGGUUCUCUCCCCCCCCCCCCCCAGUAUUUCAUGCUUAUCUGUUUAUAAAAAUGCAUGAGAUUUUACAAGUUUUUAUACUAAGAAAAUAUAAAAUGAAAAGUA